GAUCUGCAGUGAAAUGUAUAAAAGAUUUUGUCACAAGCAUGCAGGCAUCAGUCUGUCAUCGGGUACCAGCAGAAACGAACCAAAACUAUUAAAAAUGAAAUUGAUCAUCGUUGUAGCUCUCGCCCUUGUGGCUACAGUCAUCGCUGCUCCCCCUACAGAGGACUACCCUAAGAUCGUUCGGUCUGAAUUCGACGCCAGCCCCGAUGGAGCUUACAACUACAAUUUCGAGACUUCCAACGGCAUCGUACGUAGCGAAACUGGUGAGCUGAAGGAGGCUCUCGACGACGACAACAAGCCUCACGUUAUUGUUGCUGUGCGUGGAAGCUACAGUUACACGAACACUGACGGCAAACCCGAAACCAUUACGUACUUCGCUGACGAGACUGGAUACCAUGCUCAGGGUGAAUCUAUUCCUCAGGUCGCCUCCGCCACGAGCGUGUUUGUAGGCGAAAAGGCAAUGUUGCGGCUUAUUACAUUAGCGGUUGUCUGCUGUAGCUUCGCGUGGGGCGAGCCGGAAACCCUGCCCGUUCCAGAAGCAAGUCCUUCAACUGCACCCGUUGUACCGGUUGUGUCUACACCAGUCCCGACUUACGACCCUUACUACAAUAACCAGUAUUACAAUAAAGGAUACUAUAAUGAAUAUAAUGGUGUGAAUGUGCCAAUAUUAACGUACUCCAGCGAGAAUGCCGGAGACGGAACUUAUUCUUUCAGUUUUACUACCGGCGAUGGCAAGCAAGUUCAGGAAAACGGAUUUUUGAAAGACACAUACGUCGACAACGCUGGUGAACCCCAAGGAACGCAGGUUGUCCAAGGAAGUUAUUCGUACGUCGCUCCUGAUGGCACGCCAGUCCAAGUUUCCUAUGUUGCUGAUGAAAACGGCUUUAGGCCAACCGGCCCCCACAUUCCCAGUGAUGGUAAAGCACCCGUUGUUGCACCGGUUGUUGUAGACAAGGUUAACGGGGUCUACGAUCCAAACUACAACCGGUACAACCCGACGGACUACCGCAACCAAUACAACAACCAAUUUGGACAGUACAACCGGCCUUACAACACCAGAUACCCUUACGAUUCAAGAAACCCCUACAAUUCUGGAAGAUACAAUCCCUACAAUAACUACAACAACCAAUAUUACAACAAUUUCAACCCAUUCUCUACAGCAGUACCUAGUACCAUCCAACCGAAGAGCGAAUCCUCGUAAUUGAUUUUCAACAUUGGCCAUUGACGAAGCUCCAU